AUGGCUCAGAAGCUCGAUAAUAUAGGUUCCUCCACUGAUGACAAAGAUAUGACACUGAAGCUGGGAAACGUACACCUGAGUUUAAGAAAGGGACUACUGCAGCAGGAAAAGGCUGAUGUGAUUGUAACUAACUCCGCAGGCAAUCUCAACCUUAAGGCUGGCCGAACUACACAGGCACUGCUUGAGGCAGCAGGGGAGAUAAUUCAGGAACAAUGUCAGGAAAAUUACCCAUAUGGUAUCAGUCUUGGAGAUGUUGCAGAGACAGAUGGAGGCAACCUUAAUUGUCAAUAUGUCUUUUAUUGCUUCAUGACAUCAUGGAAGGAUGAAGAGAAAGAUUCCUCAAGAGGAAUUUUUUCUAACUGUGUUAAAACCUGCUUAAACAAGGCUGAUGCACAUGGUGUAAGUUCAAUGGUAUUCCCUGCACUGGGGACAGGGCUGCUGAGGUUUCCAGUGGACGAGAUCCUUAAACUUGUGAUUCUGUGUAUCAUAGAGUUCUGUGAAUCUAAACCAUUGUCUACACUCACUGACAUAGCAAUGAUAGUCCAUCCCAACGAUGACAAGAUAUUACAAGGACUCAGUGAAAAAAUGAAAAAGCUGCAGAAAAAGCCAUCAGGUGAUGCAGAGACCAGAAGUGAUUUUGAACAGAGGAGUGAAAAGAUACAAAUCGGAAAAACUUCUGUUACUAUGGUUACAGGAUCCAUUGUAGAACAAAAGGCCGAUGUCCUUGUGAACCUGACAAACAGUCGUUUGAGGCUGAACACAGGGAUGCUUUCCAGGGCUUUUCUGAAUGCUGCAGGUGAUGACCUACAGGUAGAGUGUGAUACCUUUGCUGGGGGUCUCAAUUGUGGAGACAUCGCUGUCACUGAAGGAUACUCUUUGCCUUGCAAGAUGGUGUACCAUACUACAUUACCUAAUUACACAACAAGGGAAAAAGACUCCCACUUAAAGGUCCUGACCUUGGUAAUUCAGCAAUGCUUGAUGCAGUUAGAAGAUGAGAAAUUCCAGAGUAUUGCUUUUCCCUGUUUUGGCUCUGGUCAGCAUGGAUAUCCAGACGACCUUGCUGCAGCGACUUUUCUUCAGACUGUGGAUUGUUACUGUCAAGACAAUAGGUCAACCUGUAUUAGGGAUAUCUCUUUAGUCAUAUACCCUGGAGGGUUAGAUAAAUGGAGGGAGGUCUGGCAGACAUUUGUCAAAGAACUAAAUGAUUUAAAAAGAAGACAUGCUCAAGACUCUGAUGCUGAAAUGAAGACUAAACCAGUAUAUGUACUACCUAAUCAGGGAGCUAGACCAAAGGUAAUGGUGAGAUUUGACCCACAGCAGAAGAAAGGAACCGUAGAUUCUCCACAGAUACCAGCAACACCAGCUCGAGGAACAAAAGAAUGGUUUAAAAUGAAGUACACAGAGGAUAUAUGCACUCCUAAAUAUUGGCUUCACCACAAGGGGGGUACCCAUGUAAAAAAGCUAAAACUAUCACUAGAAGUUUCUAUGAAAAAGUCUUAUGUUCUAAAAGAGGUCGAUCGCCAUACAAGAAAUGCUGUAGUCAGACUAGUGACUGAAACAUGGGAGAAGGACAAGGUUGGAGCUGGCAAAGAUGCUAGAGGCUUAGAUGAACUAAGCUAUAGUAAGAUUGAGGUGAAAGAUGUUCUCAGAGUGGAAAACUUGGAUCUGUACGAAAAAUAUGCAAUAGAACGACAGAGAAUUUUUUCCAAGGCUUGGAAGAAAGGUGGCUGUCUGACAUCAGUGCAGGACAGUCAAGGGUCAGGGGGUCAGGUUCAUACUUAUACCAAAAUGAACUCUUGUUUAAAAAAUGAGCUAUUUCCAGAGAUUAAUGAACAUUAUUUGUUCCAUGGAACAAAGGAAAACAUCAUCGAGAAAGUGUUGUCACAGGGACUAGAUAAUCGGAUGGCAGGAGAUAAUGCUAUGUUUGGUGCAGGUGUAUAUGCUGCUGAGAGCUCCACAAAAGCUGACCAAUAUACCGAUUACAAAGACAGAAGGACAUCAUCUCCAAAGAAAAUGUUUCUGGUGAAAAUGUGCCUAGGGGAGGUACAUGUAUCCAACACAGCUUCCAAGUACAGGCGACCUCCAUGUAAAAAGUGUGUUAAAGACGACUGCGCACACAAACAUUUCUACGACAGUGUAGUAGGAGAUGGAAAAUGGAUUUUUCGGGAAUUUGUUCUGUAUGAUCCACGCCAAAGUUACCCAGAAUUCAUGAUCACAUAUGUCAGAAAAUGA